AUGGAGAGAUCUCUGCAACUGACCAACAGGUCCACUCACCAGGAUUUUAUCCUGCUGGGUUUGUCUGCCAGGAAAGACAUCAGGGAUGGUCUGUUUGUUAUUUUUCUGGUCCUCUGUCUGAAUAUGCUAGUUAUCCUCUUAGAGAAUAUACUAGUUAUCUACCUCAUCUGCAGCCACCAUGAGUUACUCCACAAGCCCAUGUACUUCUUCCUGGGCAACCUCAGCUGCCUGAAGAUGUGCUAUGUGUCAGUCACCAUGCCCAGCCUGCUCAUGAGCCUGAGGUCCAGCCCUUGCCAUGUGUCCUUCACAUCCUGCAUGGCUCAAUUGUUUUUAUUCAUUUCUUUCAUUGGUACCAAGUGCACCCUCCUGGCCUCCAUGGCCUAUGACUGCUAUGUGGCCAUCUGCCGCCCACUGCACUACCCACUGCUCAUGAGGCCCCAAGUCUGCCGGGGAUUGGCUUUGUCCUCCUGGGUGGGUGGACUGUUGGUCUCUGUGAUCAAGACCACAUGCAUUGCAAGUCUGUCCUACUGUGGCCCCAAUGUCCUCAAUCACUUCUUCUGUGAUGUCUCUCCUCUGCUCAACCUGUCCUGCACCCACGUGGCUCUCACAGAGCAGGCCGACUUCAUCUCAGCCAUCAUCAUCUUCUGUGGGUCAUUGCUAGUUGCUCUGGCCUCUUAUGUGUCCAUCAGCAGGGUGCUGAUCCAGAUGCCUUCUGCUGCUGUGAACCACAAAGCCUUCUCCACCUGUGCUUCCCACCUCCUCAUGAUGGGUAUUUUCUACUCUGUGGUCAUCUUUAUGUAUUCCAGGCCUAGACAUAUCAAAUCUACAGACCUCAACAAGGUGCUAUCAGUCAUCUACACAGUGGCAAUGCCCAUGUGUAGCCCAAUCCUCUACUGCUUGAGGAAUAGGGAGGUCUAUGCAGUGCUGAAGAAAACCCUCCAUCUGUGCUGAGAUUCUUGAGAAUUCAUGGCCAAAUGCACAUGAAGAAAUUUCAAAGGCAGAAAGAAACAUGACAGAAGUUUCUGGGAUACUGUGUAGAGUCUUUGUAUAAUCAACAUGAAAAACAGGAAUAUUAUAUGGACUCAUCAGAUGGCUCAGUGACUAGACAAUUGCUCUCAAGCCUGAUGACCUGAGUCCCUGGGCCUCACAUUGUAGAAGGAGCAAACUGACACCCAUGGGUGGUUCUCUGUUCUUCACAAGUGCAUGGUGAAUGCAUAUACUCCAAUUCACGACAGACAA